AUGAGCAUGAAUAAAUGGAAAAGCAGUGUUUUUUUAAUAAUUAAGGCUCAAAGAAUGACUCUUAAACACUCACUAUUAUCUAUAUUUAGCGGGUUAUGUCUUUUUAUACCAUUUACUAUAAUUUUUUGUCGAAAAUUUAAAUUUCUAAGUUAUCUUUAUUUUUUAAUAAAAAUCUGGAAAAAUAUCUUAGAAAAAGAUUCAGAUUCUUCAGAGAAUGAUUUAAAAGGAGGAUCUAAUAUAGAUGAUUGUUUAAAAGUGAAUAUUUUGGCUAAUUAUCUUGAUAUAAUUCAAAAAACUUUUAAAACAGAAUCUAAGUUUUGUACUAUUGAGUACAAAACUAAAGAUCAGGAAAAAAAGAUUCUUUCAAGGAAUAGAUAUUUUCAAUACUUAAGGAAUAACAAUUUCUCGCCUAAAUAUUUUUUUUAUUUUAUUGAAAAAGGCCAUCUCAUACAAUAUCCAAAUAUCAAGAAAUCAAAUUUAUAUCCUUUUUAUCGAACUAAUUCUUUAAUUCACAACAUUUUCAGAUUAUCUACUUUCGAAAAAGGUGAAUUAAUUCCUAGUAUAAGGUUUGAUAGCUUUUUAAAGCUAGAAAUACAUAAUACUUUUGAAAAUUUAACAUCGAUUGAUUUAUUCAAUAAGGAAAUCGGAAAACUUAAGAAAAUAGAAGACCUAUUUGAAGAUAGGAAAAAGAAUUCUGAAAAUUAUUCCAAAAUUGAAGUUUUUUCCAAAAAUAAUCAAAAAAGAUUUAUAGAAACAUCCGAAUCAAAUUCAACAAAUCAGAUAGCUUCUAAAAUUUCCUAUAAAAAUACCAAUCCAGACAUUUCAAAUUCUAAGGGAGAUGUCUUUGAGUUUCAAUUUAUAUCUUACUUAUCUGAGGAAUUAAUCUAUAUAUCUCCUAUAAUCCUUAAAUAUAAUUCUAUCCAAGAUUUUGAUACUGUUCCUGACUAUAAACAAAAAUUAUAUAUAUCACUAUAUUCAAAAAAAAAGAAUAACUAUUGGCCUUUGUCUGAUAUUCAAAACUCUUCUUUGAAAAAUACGUCAACACGUUUAUUAUGUGAUUCUUCACCUCAUGUUAAAAAAACAUCUUUUAAGGACAAAACAUCUGAAAGAAAUAACAUAUUAAAGGAAAAUAUGUCACCUAAUUCUAAACAGAAUAAUAUAGAAUCUUUAAAAAAGAAAAAUCACAAAAAAAUAACUUCAGAUAUUUCAAAUUCACAUCAAGAUAAUCCAAUGCAUUUUAUUCAUCUAAAUUAUAAAAUAGAUGAGAUAAUUUUAGAGAAAUAUAAUAAUAAAGAAGUCUCAAAACACAAAAAUAAUUUUUCUUUAAAGACCGAGGAACUUUCUGGUUCAAAAAUAAACUCAAUAGAAACAAAUAACACUGAUUCAUCAUUACCCGAAACAAAACAUCUCACAUUUAAUACUAUUCAUAUAAAUUAUAGCGCUAAUUAUUCAAAUAUAACACCUUUAUCAUUAAAUUCACUUAUUCCAUCACCUACUUCAAAAUAUAAAAACUUCAAAGAUAGGGCAUCAUCUUCAAUAAAGAUAAAUGAUAUUUACAAAGACUCUUUACGUCUAUUAAAAGAAGUAUAUGAUGAUAAUAGACGCCGUGGAAUCCCACCUACUCCUCCACCUAUACGAAAACGAUGGGAAUUUGUCAAUAAUUAAUUUCAUUAAGAUUUUCAUUUUCUAUAACAGGAUUUUCUAGUAAUAUCU